CUCAAUAAGCUCUCCCCAAGCGAAGUCCCCGGCUGGCAGCAGCGCUGGAGCGGCUGCGAGUGCCUCCACAGCACCUGGUGAACGGACCCCGACAGCCCACAACAAGCAGCUGCAAAAUGUCAAGGGCCAGGACCAUCCACCGCACCCAUCUAUGGCGUUUCUUCAGAACCGAUCGAUUUCCCUGGUGGACAUGUAUAUCGACAACUCGGAGCCUUCGGAGAACGUCGGUCAGAUCCACUUCAGCUUGGAGUACGACUUCCAGAAUACUACUCUGAUACUGAGGAUUAUACAGGGUAAAGAGCUGCCUGCGAAGGAUUUAAGCGGGACAUCAGACCCUUACGUGAGAGUAACCUUACUCCCUGACAAGAAACAUCGCCUGGAGACGAAGAUCAAGAGACGUACCCUCAACCCGCGGUGGAACGAGACCUUCUACUUCGAAGGGUUCCCGAUACAGAAGCUGCAGAGCCGGGUACUUCAUCUUCACGUGUUUGACUACGAUCGGUUCUCGAGAGAUGACUCCAUUGGAGAAGUGUUUCUGCCAUUAUGUCAGGUGGACCUCAGCGAGAAGCCUUCAUUCUGGAAAGCCUUAAAGCCACCAGCCAAGGACAAAUGCGGGGAGCUUCUGACCUCCCUGUGUUACCAUCCCAGCAACAGCGUGUUGACCUUGACCUUGCUGAAGGCGAGGAACUUGAAGGCCAAGGACAUUAAUGGGAAAUCAGAUCCAUACGUAAAAGUCUGGCUUCAAUUCGGCGACAAGCGCAUAGAAAAACGCAAGACGGCCAUCUUCAAAUGCACCCUGAACCCGGUGUUCAACGACUCGUUCUCGUUCAACGUGCCCUGGGAGAAGAUCCGGGAGUGCUCCCUGGAUGUCCAGGUCAUGGACUUCGAUAAUAUUGGCAGGAACGAGCUCAUUGGGAGGAUAUUGCUUGCUGGUAAAAACGGCUCCGGCGCAACAGAAACGAAACACUGGCAAGACAUGAUAACGAAACCGCGACAGACGAUCGUCCAAUGGCAUCGCCUCAAGCCCGAGUGAACGAACAACAAAAAAAUAAUAAAUAAAUAAAAAAAAACACAAAAAA